ACCGAAAUACACUCCUCCCACCAGUCAGUACAUUGAAUUACCGGUGAAUGUGUCUCUGCUCACACUGAUAACGCGGAGCUUUUAUUUCCAAAGCGAACCAAAACACACACAGAGGACGGAGAAACUGACAUUAUGAAACGGGACUUAUUUUGGCCAACGUUCCACCGUUGCCAUUGACACCGUCCGGUUUUCUCCUUUUGUUUUUCGGUGUAAAACUUCGGCUCUGUCAGCAUUUACCGCUACCGACCACCCACCUCUCACUCGGUACCUUUCACACGGGUUGUCCCCGUUUGACUUUCGGGUGUGGUGGCAUUUUUAACGGGCAGAAAGAGAAAAAAAAACUUCACCGUGUGCCGUAAAACGAACUGAAUCAAAGAAAAGUGGAAGCAGACAGGAUACCCCAUAGUCAGUGGGAUGUUCGAGCUCUGGAUGCAGGACUGACUGAAGGAGCAUGGUGAAACACCAACCCCUCCAGGUCUAUGAGCGCCAGCUGUGUUUGUCCUGUAUCACUGGGAUCUACGGUUGCCGCUGGAAACGCUAUCAACGUUCCCAUGAUGACACCACCAAGUGGGAGCUGCUGUGGUCCAUCAUCCUCCUCUUCACCUUCUGUCUGCUGCUGGUCUGGUUCUACUUCUGGUGGGAAGCACAUAACGACUACAAUGAGUUUAACUGGUUCCUGUACAACCGCUCUGGGGAGUGGAGUGAUGGCACUGUUCCCAUCCUGGCCACCACUGCUGCUGGCUUCACCUACAUUGCAUUCUUAAUGGUUCUAGCACUUUGCCACGUUGCACUUGGGCAACAGCUAAAUUUGCACUGGCUCCAUAAGAUAGGAGUGACUGCUGCUCUGCUCACCACCGUUAUCGGGGUGAUAUCUGUCAAUCAAACAUGGGGGCAAGAGUGGGAUGUCAUCCCCAUCUCGCUGCAGGCCACAGGUCCGUUCCUGCACAUAGGGGCUCUGGCUGCGGUCACAGCGCUGUCGUGGAUCGUGGCGGGACAGGUCGCCCGCUCAGAGAAAACAAUGUUCCAGGUGGUAGUGGUGCUGCUGUAUCUCAGUGUGCUGCUGGGUCUCUACGUGGUGCCGCUGUACAUCUCCUCCCCCUGCAUCAUGGACCCCAGCACCCUCAAACAACGCCCUGAUGUCAUUGGCCACCAAGGAGCCCCCAUGCUUGCUCCAGAGAACACAAUGUGGUCUUUCCAGCGCGCUCUGCAGAUGAACGUCACCGGGUUGGAGGCUGACGUGGCUAUCAGUGUGGACGGAGUGCCUUUCCUGAUGCACGACCUCACCCUGCGGAGGACCACAGACGUGGGGAAGGUUUUCCCCGACAGACACAUGGAAGAUGCCUCAUCCUUCAACUGGACAGAUCUGCGGCAGCUCAACGCCGGACAGUGGUUCCUCAAGGAUGACCCUUUCUGGACGGUGCACACCCUGUCGUCGAGUGAGAAGCGGCUGAUAGCCAAUCAGAGUGUGUGUAGCCUGGAGCAGCUUCUGCGGCUGGCUUCCUAUCACAACAGCACGGUGGUUUUCCGGCUCAGGAGACCCCCUCCGGAGCACCCCUGCUACUACAGCUGGAUCAAUGAUACACUGCAGGCUGUGCAGGAAUCUGGGGUUCCUCAGAGCCUGGUGAUGUGGACUCCAGAUGAACACAGAGCUCAGGUGAGGCAGCUGGCCCCCGGUCUGAUCCAGACCUCAGUGGAGAAACGGAGACUCAAGCGACUCAAUCUGGACGGCAUCAGCCGGCUGCUGCUCCGAUACAACAAGGCCAGCACGCAGGAGAUCGGAAACUUCUCCCAGAGCAACAUCAGCAUCACGCUGUACACCAUCAACGAGCCCUGGCUGUACUCGGUGCUCUGGUGCAGCGGGGUGUCCUCCGUCUCCUCCGAGGCCUCACAUAUCCUCAAAAAGGUGCCUUACCCCAUCUGGCUCAUGAGACCAGAUGAAUACUGCCUGAUGUGGGUGUCUGUGGACCUUAUCUCCUUCGCUGUAGUCAUAGGAAUAUUCAUUUUCCAGAAGUAUCGAACCAGCGGCAUGCGCAGCUACAACCCGGAGCAGAUCAUGCUGAGCGCGGCCGCCGUCCGGAGGUCCAGCCGAGACCUGAACGUGAUGAAGGAGAAACUCAUCUUCUCAGAGGUGGGGAAUGGAGUCGGCAGUGCGGAGGAGCUGUACGAAGACAACGGCUACGACUACUAAUAAAGCAACCAGGGCAUCACAGUGACCGACCUGUGUGGACAGACCACUCAUCAUUCCUCUGACCUCCACCUCUGUCCUGCUGAGAAACUGACAGACUGCUGUAUCUGAUGGAGAGAAAAAAAACAACCACUCAGUUGUGUAAAUUCUGUAAAUAGUUUUGAGUUUGCUUGUCAGACAUACUGUAUAUCACACGGGACUACACGCACUUUUUAUUGACGGGAGUCGCCAAAUCUGUGGCCCGGAGAGGCCCCUCUGAGUUACAAUUAACGCCUGCUUCAUUUAAAUAUGUUUCCAGAUUGUUUAUUUUAAGCUAAUUUUCCAAAGCAGUUUCUUGUUUUUAACCACUGUUCUUCUCGCGGCAGAUUUCUUAGCUUUUAACGAGGCUUGAACGCAGCAUGAGACUCGCUAACGCUAACCGCUCCUCGCGCCUUCCAUCAGCACUCCACUGUGCUGCUGUUCAUUCAUAUUUAUAUUUAAAGAGAAAAACAAAAAAACACCAACAAGCUGUUUACAGAAGUCCUGCCUUCUCCUCCAGGUGAAAUAUUCACAUGGUGUAUGUAAGAUAAUUAUUUUGAAAGAGCCUGAAUGCCCCCCCUCGCCCCACCUUUGACCAGUGCAUGUGACUAAUAAUCAUAUCAGCUGAUGUAUGUGUUGGGGGGGUGAAGAUUUGUGCAGUCUUUAUGGUUAAUGUGAAUGUGUUUGGACUUUUUUUUUUAAAGAUGUGAUUGUUGUAUAGUGUGUAUUCAGGCUGGGUAUAUAUUUUUUACCCUGUGUGCAGUGCUAUGUUGAGUGUGUUAUUGUACAUAAAAAGGUGAACCAGUGUGUGAGAUGCUCCAGCCAACUAAGCAUUAUAUUUCACAAAUAAUUAUUGAACAAUGUGACCGUGAUGAACAAAAGCAAUAUCCGGGUCAUGAUGGAAGUCAUGGCACUGCCUCCGAGUCGCAGGACAGUCUGCAGUGUGUUGUUGUUAGCUGCAUGCAUCCACGUGCUGGUUGGUGUCAAACGGACUGCUGAAGUGGGUGCUAAAUGUGAAAAUAAAGCUCUAAGCUAUUUGAAGGGACGCUACAGGGAUCACAACAGGCAGCACAGGGUCAAGGAAAUGGAUUGCCUUUUGUGUUUUCUUUAUUUGGGUAUUACUGUGCCUCAGAAGUAAACUAUAAAUAAAAAAAAUCUAAUAAAAGGAGAUUUUAAAUUGCA